AUGGCCGAGGCGUGGUCCGCUCUGUCCUACGAGUUCGACCUCGUGUGUAAUGCAAGCGCUGAUUGUGUACACUCGUGCGUCGGUGAGGUCAUGGAGGAUGGUGGAGUUCUCCGCGGCUCGCGAGGACUUGGGCUACGCUCGAGCACGAUUGCGCAGCCGCCGCUGACGAGGGUGGUGAGACUGAAGCUCUCGAAGAAGCCUUCCUACCACCGCGAGGUCAAGGAUACCCCCGCUAGAAAAGUGGUUGGAGCAACAAACGCAUCACUCGCCGAGAGAGAUGACGCGAAUCGAACGACACGAUGGGACCUGCCUGCAGACGACAAGGUCGAGUUUUGGCACGGCGAGUCCGCUUGCGUCAUCCGCUGCGCAACCCGCAACGGAACCCUACAAAAAGGUCACCUGCCAGCAUAUCUAUACCCAGACGGACAAUCAGCACUCCAGACGAUCAGAACUCCACUCCAGACCGACGCAGCCGGGGAUCGACUCUCCAAAUACGAGACCGAGCGCUUCCGCGACGGCAAGGAUCAAGCGGCCACAAAGACCACCUCUCGAGCUGCGGCGCACAAGCACUGGGGAGAGACAGCCGAAGCAACAAUAGCCAGCAGCGAGUGCGCAGCGGGUAGGACAGAGGUCAAGCGGGUUCCGACCACCAGGCCAGCCUUCACUGUCCACCUGUUUGGCAAUGCGGCACUCAAGAUCAUUCAUCCUCCUGCGAAGCCGACUUUCUCUUCCAUGAAUGCCGGCCCGCAAUAUCAGGCCUUCGUCCCUCCACGGAAUGCCGUUGAUCGCCAGCUCCGCCAGCUUGCGCACCUCGCUCGGCUUGAGAGCGUGCGGCUGGGUGCGGAGGAGGUGGUCCGCCGGGAAGCGCGCAAAGUCUUGUAA